UAAUAUUUUACAUAAUUAUAAUCAUAUUUCCUUAUUAAAUUCUUCUCUACUCCCUCUCGUACGUUCAACCCCUCCACUUAUUUUCACAUGCAAUUAAUGUAUAGUCUCUUUCCUUUGUCCCUUCAUUUUUUUCCUCGAAAUUAACAAACGACUCUAUCUCUAUGCAAUAAUUUAUAAACAUUUAUAUAUAUAUAUGUCCAAGUCUUUGAGCCCAUUUUCCAUAUGUUGAAUUAGCUCUUUUAUUAUUUAGUCCUGCUCUUCAGUUUUUUCUCUCUUUAUUUCAUUAUUCUUAGCCUCUUAACAAUACAUAUUUCUGCAUAAUAAUUAAUCCUUUCAUGCUUUUCUAAAUUGCAUUAGGAGUAGCAAUAAGGUUAAUUUCUGGGAAUCUAUAUACAUAAUUUAUAAAUAUAUAUAUAUAUAUUUAGAGAGAGAGCUAUGAAACCAGUAUUGCUGCAUGGGAUUCUUCAUGUGACAAUCGACGAGGUUGAUAAGCUUUCAGGUGGAUGUUGCUGCAUGUGUUUCUACAAGCUGACGAGCAAAGCUGAACACAAAUUUGGGCUUAAGAGGAAAGUUACACCCAGACUUUAUGCAUCAAUCGAUUUAGGGAACACCAAUGUUGGCCGAACCAGAUUGCUCGAACCAACAGCCUCCUCGAAUCCGCAAUGGGACGAGACGUUUCACAUUUGUUGUGCACACAUGACAUCUAAUGUUGUGUUCACUGUCAAGCAAAAUCGACUUGGCCCCGAUGAGGAGAUUGGAAUAGCUUAUUUUCCAGCUGAGAAACUUCUCAGUGGGAAAGAAGUAGACCAAUGGCUUCCUCUCUUGGAUGACAAGCAUCACAAGCCUCUAAGAGAUGGAUCCAAAAUCCAUGUCAAGUUGAAAUUUGUAGAGGUAUCUAAAGACAUUAACUGGUCACAAGGAAUAAAUGGCAAUGAUAAGUUUCAAGGUGUGCCUUACACAUUUUUUCCUCAAAGGAGUGAUUGUAGAGUUACCCUUUAUCAAGAUGCUCACAUCCCAGAUAAAUUUAUCCCCAAAAUCUCUCUUUCUGGGGGUAAGUAUUAUGAGCCUAAUAGAUGUUGGGAGGAUAUUUUUGAUGCCAUUUAUGAUGCAAAGUACUUGAUUUACAUUGCUGGUUGGUCUGUGUGUACUAGAAUUACUUUGAUCAGGGACAGUAGGAGGAGAAAGGAAGGAGGCGAUUUGACACUUGGCGAGUUACUUGUAAAGAAGGCUAAACAAGGAGUUAAAGUACUAAUUCUUGUUUGGGAUGAUAAAACUUCUCUGAAGUUGCUUAAGAAUGAUGGAGUUAUGUCUACACAUGAUGAAGAUACCGGGAGUUAUUUCGAAAACACUGGUGUCCACUGCGUCUUGUGCCCUCGAAUUCCUGAUGGUGGACAAGGCAUUAUUCAGGAAUUGAAGGUUUCCACCAUGUUUACUCAUCACCAGAAGACAGUGGUUGUGGAUAGUGAGAAUAUCUCAGGUGAUGGUGGAAUAUCAGAGAAGAGGAGAAUUGUUAGCUACCUUGGUGGUAUUGAUCUUUGUGAUGGGAGAUAUGACAAUCCUAAUCAUUCAAUUUUCCGGACUUUGAAUACAACCCAUUCUGAUGAUUUUCAUCAGAAUAAUUUCCGUGGUGCCUCAAUAGAAAAAGGUGGACCAAGACAGCCUUGGCAUGACAUUCAUUGCAGGGUAGAAGGGAGUAUUGCUUGGGAUGUUUUGUGCAACUUUGAGCAAAGAUGGAUGAAGCAAGGUCAUAACAAGGACUUGCUUUUUGAAUUGAGAAAGAUACAAGACACUUGUAUUAUACCUCCAUCUCCUGUUAUGUUGUUACCUGAAGACCAUGAGAAUUGGAAUGUUCAAUUGUUUCGAUCAAUUGAUGGAGGGGCUGCUUUUGGUUUUCCUACCACUCCAGAAAAAGCUGCUCAAGCUGGUCUUGUAAGUGGGAAAGAUCAGAUAAUUGACAAAAGCAUUGAGUAUGCUUAUGUCAACGCGAUUCGAAGAGCUAAGAACUACAUCUACAUUGAAAAUCAGUAUUUCAUUGGAAGCUCCUAUGGAUGGGACUCAAAAGAGUUCAAUGUUGACGAGGUCGGUGCUGUUCAUCCUAUUCCAAAGGAAUUGUCUUUGAAGAUUGUUAGCAAAAUUGAAGCUGGGGAGAGAUUUGUGGUCUAUGUUGUCAUUCCUAUGUGGCCAGAGGGCAUUCCUGAAAGCGGUUCUGUUCAGGCAAUAUUACAUUGGCAGAAAAUGACAAUGGAGAUGAUGUAUAAAGACAUUGCUAAAGCUCUCAAAUCCAAAGGACUUGAUGCAAACCCCAAAGACUACUUGGCAUUCUUUUGUCUUGGAAAUCGAGAGAUAAAGAAGAGAGGAGAAUAUGAACCCUCAAAGCAACCAGAAGAUGAUUCAGAUUAUAGCAGAGCUCAGCAAGCCAGAAGAUUCAUGAUCUAUGUUCAUGCCAAGAUGAUGAUAGUUGAUGAUGAAUACAUAAUCAUAGGAUCAGCCAACAUCAACCAGAGGUCUAUGGAUGGUGCUAGAGACACCGAAAUCGCCAUGGGAGCCUAUCAACCUCAUCAUGUUUCAACCCUGCAGCAGCCAGCCAAGGGACAGGUUCAUGGCCAUAGAAUGGCAUUAUGGUAUGAACACUUGGGAAUGCUUCAUGACACAUUCCUUGAACCCGAAAGCAUUGAGUGUGUGCGAAAGGUGAACCGAAUCGCUGAAAGUUAUUGGGAACUCUAUUGCAGGGAGAGCUUAGAGCAUGACCUACCUGGCCACUUGCUCAGUUAUCCUAUUAGAGUUACUGAACAUGGACAAGUGACAACUAUACCUGGACUAGAGUGUUUCCCAGACACUAAGGCUGGAAUACUUGGGUCCAAAUCAGAUCUAAUACCUUCAAUCAUCACUACUUAAUUUCAAAUUAUUUAAACUCGUUAUGUCAAUAGUGAAAAUGUCUUUCUUUAUUUAUUUUAUAUCGUGUCUAUAGCUUGAAAUACUAAUGUGAUUGUGUGAGGUCAUUAUUUUAAUUGAUUUUUCAUGUAAAUUUGCUGCAUGUUAAUUUGUUAAUGCCAUUGUGCCAAGUGCUCUUUUCAA